AUGAAUCGAGAAAGAGUCCCUACACGACGCGCGCGACCGCUCGAGCGCGAGACACGUCGACGCGUCCGCGCGCGCGCGCGAGAGAUGCUCGACCGCGACGGGACGGUGGAUCUGCGACUGCGCGUCGCGGGACGGGAGGCGCAGCGCGAGUUGUGGGUGACGUGCGAGCCGUUCGAGACGAGUGAUGAGACAUCGCGGAGAAACGACGACGACUCGGUGGAAAACGACGACGACGACGACGACGACGACGGGCGAGGCGCGAGCGGACGGGAGGGGACGCGGCACGCAUCGAUGCUGCGCGAACUCGGACGCGGCGAGGACGGGGUGACGAUCGUGGGAUUUUGGGAGACGCGCGGGACGCCGGACCCGCUCGCGGCGCUGCACUUCUUGUCGAGGCGGAGCGCGGGGGCGCCGGCGUUUCGAUGCUCGCCGAAGAGUGGGUUGAACGACGAUUUGAAGAAGGCGAUCGAGGAUUUACACGAGGAGAUGGUGCGAGAGAAUAAGAGCGCGGUGAUGCCGCCGACGAGCGGGGGACGGAUGGGCGAGCUGCACCUGGUGGCGGUUCCGGACGCCGAGACGGUAGCGGCGGGCGAUGGCGAUCGCGGUGCGCGUAACCCGAAGACGAUGUUCGUGGCGUUUCAGACGGAUGAGAUGGCGCCGGCGUACGCGCAGGGAUUGCUGAAGCAUAAUCGUUUGGUGGUGGUUUUGGAUUUGGACGAGACGUUGGUGCAGGCGACGACGCUGCACGCGUUGGACCGCAGGAUCGAGACCGCGCGGUCGAAGAUGUUGAGCUUGAUGAAAUUUGAUUUUAACAAUCCCCGUUUGACAACGGUGAUGAUUGAUGAGGUGAAGAAGGAAAAGCAAGCGUGCGAGACAGCGCUUCGAAGGUCGCAGUUGGAUCGUCAAAUGUUGAUGCAAUUCGUCACCGAGGGCGCAGUGACGGUGAAUAAUCGACGUUCGGUGACGAUUCCCGAGAUUGAACCUCUGUCGAACGGUAUGCAAAGGCUUCGAAAUGUCAUCCGAAUCCCGAGUCCGCACACGAAGGGGGCGAUGCUGGCGUUCACGUUGAUUGAUCCGAGCAGCCCGGCGACGGCGAUGCUGGUACACAUUCGCCCUGGGUGGGGCGAGCUGCGCUCGUAUUUGUCCGGAUCUGAUCGCGGCUCCAAGCGCGCCGAGACGUUCGUGUGCACGAUGGCGAAUAUCGACUACGCGCGCGAGAUGUGCAGGCUGCUAGAUCCGCACGGCACCGUGUUUGAUCCGGCGCAACUCGACAAACGCAUCAAGUCGGUCAAACCGGACGAACUCAAGUCUCUCUCGGACACGUGUGGGUUGCACUUUCCAAGCGAGCUUGCGGUGAUCGUCGACGACAGAACGGCCGUGUGGGAGCCGAGCGCACAAUCACACAUCUUAGCCGUGACGCCGUUCAUGCCGUACGGCACCGAUGUUGAGUUUGGUACGGGAAUCGAGCAGAACGAGGCGAGUGGAUCAGGAGGCGUUCUCGGCAAGGUACAGAGCAUGCUGGAGACCGUUCGGUUGCGUUGGCACAUGGACUACGGCAAGUUUGCCGCGAAAGCACGCAUGCACGUGCACGAUACAGCAUCGUUCGGAGCCAUUCGAGCUAGGAAGGUAGGCGAAGGGGAAGACCAGCCGACUUCAACGGGAACAUCCGUCGACACGUUGCGCGCUGAGCACAAUCGCAAAAAAUCUGAGCGACUCUUCUACCCUCCGAAUACAGGAGACCUCCUUCAGCCCUUGAUGGAAAUCGAAGCGAAAGAUGCGGCGUUAAACAUCGCGGAGAGAGGUGGUGCGACGAGGGCAGCCGCUGGUUCGGGCUCGCGCCUCGCCGCCGCCCUCGGGGUGCUUAGUAGGCCGAAGAACAACGCUAAAUCUCAACAGAAGGUUUGCGAGCAAGAGGUUGAAGAACUAAAGGUCGACAUUAAGUCCGAGCCAGAAGACAUGUUCCCGGCGUCGCUGUUCCGGGAACAGCGGAAGAGCGCGCCUGAGGAGGUCAAGCCUAUGCACUCGACGAUGGAUGAUACACCCACUGCGAAAGCUCCAGCCAAACAAGCAAAGAGUAGCCCGCAGAAACCUCUGUCCGGUACCAAGCACGGGCGCGAUACGGAUGUCUCGGACUCAAACUCGGGGACAGAGCCCGAGUCUGAAUCCGAACCAGAAGUGGUCGAGGACGAGGAAGAGGAGGAGGAGGAGGAGGAGGAGGAGGAGUACGAAGAGGAGUACGAAGAGGAGGAGGAAGAGGAGGAGGAGGAGGAGGAGGAGGUCGAUGGAGAUAAAAACGACGAUGACGAGCAACCACGUUCGAAGGAGCCCUCAGGGAAAAAUAUCGCACGUUCAAAACAGGUGAAGCCCGCAAUAGCGAAGAAGCCCGCAGCGAAAAAAACCGCACGUCCAACAAAAGUCUUUAGGGUGGGCAGUCGGGCGUCGAAUCGAUUAUCACAGUCGCAAUAG